AUGGCAGUAGAUUUCGUAGCACCAAACAUUGUCAAUGGAGAAAUUGAAAUCCUUAUUGAGGAUACUGAUGUAGUGGAAAAACUGGAAUUUUGGGACAAUGCUUCAAUCCUGUUUGCUCUUGGACAAAAUCUUUCCAUGAAUGCAGUAAGAAUAUUCAUGGAAAAGACUUGGAACUUUGUUGCUAUGCCUGAACUCUAUUACAAUGAUGAAGGGUAUUUUGUGUUGCGGUUCAAGAACAACGAGGAUAAGGAGAAGAUCAUGGAACAGGGUCCGUACUUUAUCUAUGGUAAACCUAUCUUCUUGCGUUAUUGGACGACUGAUUUUGAGAUUAAGGAGGAUUUGCUUCAUGUGCUUCCUUUAUGGAUAACAUUGCCGAAUUUACCGUUACACCUAGGUGGGGAGAAAAGCAUUUCGAAGAUUACUAGUGCAGUUGGAAAGCCGAUCACAACGGAUAAGUGCACUGCUAAGAAGCUGCGAAUAUCCUAUGCUAGGGUAUUGGUUGAAGUUGAUAUAACACAAAAGAUGAGAGACAAAGUCUGCAUAAAGGACCAUAAUGGAAGAAUCCUUGAACAAAAAAUCGAAUAUGAAUGGAAACCUGUUUAUUGCCAAUCGUGUUUGAGAAUUAGCCAUGAUUGUACUUUAAAGAAGAAUGCCCAGCAGAAGCCUCCUCCAACAAAGUUAUGGAAGCCAAUCAACAGCAAUAAACCCAUGGAGGAAACCCAAGUAAUAGACAACAUACAGCCAGAAGAUAUUCAAAAUAAUGCAUGA